UUAAUGUAUUCUGCAGAAUCUUGCAUGAUUUUCAUAAUGAUUUUCGUGUGAUAUGGAAUUUAUGUUACUAAACUACUGUGUCUCCAUUCUACUUCUGUAGAAGAUUUCGUUUUUCAAUUGUUUAUUGUGCUUGUUGUAACAUUGGUAGAAAAAGCAAAUGGUACCAUUUCGACAUAGAGAAACUUGUCUCCAUACAUGGAAAACAGAAUACGUUAAUUGAUGUUGAGAAUAUUUUGUUUGAUCUCCAAUUAUACAAUGUGAUUUCUGUGUCAUGAUCAUAUAAUAUUGAAACAAACUGAAAUGUUGCUCCGUCAUUUUGAUUGUUAACAGAAGUAAUAAGCGUUCAAAUCAGUGUAGCUAGCUGUUUGUGUGAUGUAUACCAUCCAAGAAGUGACUAGAAAAGUGAAUGAAAAAUGUUUCGGCCUAGAAAAAAUAUAUUCCCCAUGGAUGAAAUACCAACAAUUAUUGUUAACAGCCCUUCUGACGAAAUAAAGAUGAGUGAAACAUCAUUAUUGGAGAAAGAUGAGGAGGAAACAGAAGAGAAUUCUGAAUGUAGAAGGCUUGUGUCCCUCAGGAGAAACAGCAUAUCACUACCGAAUUUGGAUGAUAUGCAGAUUAUUAACGAUCAAGUGGAAAGAGCGGAGCAGGAAAAAAUGGAUGAUAUACCCGAAUCUAACAAUGACUUAGCUAAUACGCCACCUGAAAUUGGAUUUAGAAUUCCUUUGCGUAAUGCUAGAAGAAAAUCUGUUACUAACCCAAGGAUGCUCAGACCAACAGGAGAUGAAGAAUCUUCGCCGGCAAACUCAAUCACAUCAAAUAACUCUCUUGCGAGCUUGCUUAGGGAAAAAAUGCAGAUGUUCCCCACAACCCUCAAGAAGAAGAAAAGUCCAGAUUACAAAAUAAGGAUAUUCGUGGGAUUCCUAUUCAUAACCAUAAUAUUUUUAGUUAGUUUCGCAUACGCCUUAUAUCAUCAAAAAGUACUACAAAGGGCAUACUUCGAAAGGAUCAAAUUCAAUCAUGUGAAAAGGGUGAUGAAGAUAUUCAAUGACGAUGGAAUUGAGAUCAUAAACGCCAAGCUAGGUACCACGCUGAAUUUCGAUGCUGUGCAUCCAUGCCUACCGAAAGACCAAAUCGACAAGAGCAUAUGUCUGGAGUGGAUGCAGAGGGCUAGAUUAUAUCUCAAUUCUCAGGAACUCAAUUCGGAGGUCAAGUGUUACAACCUUCGAUGGAUUGCUUUGGGUGAUAAUGGUGAUCUCACCGAUUGCUUUCAGUUUUCCAGCAACGAGCACUGGUACGGUGGAGGUCAAAACGCAGAGUCCGCUUGGCAGUUAGAAAAAGGGAAUCAUCACUUUUCUCCAUUCAUAACAGGAACUGUGGAUAAACAUGAAUGGGGAAACGUUCUCAAAAGAUACUUCAUUAAUUCGAAAGGAGCUGCAAUUCUAAUCGAUAAUAUUACACCUCUACACACUGCCAUAACUGGAGAUGCUAGUAAGCAGUUAUGCCUUAAGGCUCGAUACGACCAUUUUGCCUAUGUGAAUCAUGUAACACACACACCUCAGUUGAAUUAUAGCAUAUGUGUAUCUUCAAACACUCUAACUUUACAUUCAAACUUAAUUGAAAACACACUUUGGGAUGGAUUGAAGCAAGAAGAUCUUAAUGUGAUAAAUUCCUUACUAACCGAGCCACUAUGGGAAAUAACUGGACCUGGACUGCUCACGGAAGACACAAUAAUCAAUUACACAGAAGAAGUUAUUCUUUUGGGUUUUCUCAAACAAGGCCAUGUCCUCAUAAACGAAUUUUGGCAGAAACAAGUUGGAGACUUCACAGUGGACAUGGAAAGAUUUUCUAAAUUGGAGGAAGUGAUAAAUAUAAUGCAUAGAAGAGGUUUCAGGAUAGUUUUUUCGAUACAACCGUACAUAUCCACUGAAAGUUUCAAUUUUGCCGAGGCUGUGAAGAAGAGACUGCUCAUAUCUGAGAGAUUUAGCGACAGGAGAAUUCCAGCGUUAACAAGAUACAAAUCGUUGCAAAGUGCUGGGGUUUUAGAUCCUACGAAUAACAAAACAAUGCCCUGGUUGUUAGAAAAACUGAAGGAUGUAGCUGGAAAGUUCAAAUUCGACGCUUUUUAUUUAGAUGUUGGGGUAGCAUACGAUAUUCCGCAUUAUUAUCAGUGUGAUAAGCCUUUGAUUAACCCAGAUCACUACAAAACUCUGCUUACCGAUAGUUUGCAGCAUAACAUCAACUUAUUUGGAGUAAAUAGCGCAGUGGUACGCCCUAAGGCACCAAUUUUUGUGUCAUUGCCACAGUUCGAAUCUUCAUGGGAUGGUUUGAGAAGAGUUAUUCCGACAAUUUUGUCAUAUGGACUACUGGGAUAUCCAUUCUUAAUCCCUGGGGCUGUUGGGGGUGAUUUCGGAACGAUGAGUAUCAUGGAUGUUAAUGCUACUAAAGAAUUACUGCCUGAUAAGGAGUUGUACAUGAGAUGGCUUCAGCUGGCCACUUUUUUGCCAGUUAUUAGGUUCACACGGCUUCCGAGCACUUAUGGGGACCCGAAUGUCUUGGAUAUGGCGAAAAUAUCGACUUCUUUGAGGCAAAUGAAGGUAUCACCCCUUUUGAAAAAAUACGCAAGAAUUGCACUAGAUACUGGACUCCCUAUGGUGAGACCAUUAUGGAUGAUGGACCCAAAUGAUACUUCCUGUCACUCAGUGGUUGAUGAAUUUUCGAUUGGCGAUGAUUUGAUAGUGGCUCCAGUCUUAUACUCUGGUUCCAAGCAAAGGGAAGUUUACCUCCCAGCGGGAGUAUGGAAGGAUGGCAUAGAUGGAAGCUUCCGGAAAGGAAGCCGUUGGAUUCAUAAUUAUAAAGUAGAAGAGGAUCAAAUUGCUUAUUUUGAAAAGAUGCCCGAUAAUACAAGACUGUAAAAAUUUCCAAUCAAAUUUUCAACUAUUUCAGAUCGAAUAAAAUGUGAUUUUUUUUCAUUCCUAUUGUGAUAUCUCUUUAUCUCAUUAUUAUAUUGUUAAAAAAUA